AUGCACCAGCGAUUGAGGAACGACUACGGUCUCGUUGUCCAAAAGGAGAUCGUUCGAGAAAUAAUCAAAGAAUUGGACCCUGUUGGAGUACAAGCACGAUCGUCAAAGAGAUUGUGGAGAAGAGAAUACCGUGCAAAAGGGCCUAACUAUAUUUGGCACAUAGAUGGCUAUGAUAAACUUAAACCGUUUGGGUUUUGUAUACAUGGAGGCAUAGAUGGUUAUAGCAGAAGCAUUCUUUGGUUAGAAGUUGGUUGCACAAAUAACAAUCCAGAAAUAAUUGCCAAUUAUUUUACUGACUGUAUUCGCCAAAUAGGUGGAGUUCCGAGGAUAGUGCGAACCGAUGCGGGAACAGAAAAUAUAUCUGUGGCAGGUAUACAACGAUUUCUGCGGUCAGGAACUGAAGAUGCAUUCUCUGGAGAAAAAAGUUCCCUUUACGGAAGGUCGGUAAGCAAUCAGAGAAUAGAGGCUUGGUGGUCAUUUCUGAAGAAAAGUAACGCUAGCUGGUGGAUCGAUUUUUUUAAGGACAUGAGAGAUGAAGGUGUGUUCUGCGACCAUGACCCAAUUCACGUUGAUUGCUUGAGAUUUUGUUUUAUGCCCCUAAUACAACAGGCGCUUCACACAGUAGCAAAACAAUGGAACCUGCACAAUAUUAGACCUUCCCACAAUGCAGAAUCUCCUUCUGGCCGACCAGAUAUACUCUAUUUCGUGCCAUCAUGGACAGAUACAAGGGAUUACAUGACAGAGGUCGAUCUUGAUGAUAUUGACAUAAUUGAAGAUGUAUGCUGUGACAGAACAAGCCCAACUCAUUGCUCAGACGAGUGUAGAGAAUUAGUGGACAUAAUAAUGCAAGAGCAACAUUUACAAAUUCCUACAAAUGCUCAAGAAGCACGUGACCUUUUUGUGGAUCUUGUUUACCAUAUUGAAAAUACUUGA